CCAGCACGAGGAACUUCUCUUGAGCAGAAUGCCGGCAACACAGACUUCUCAAGCACAAAACAAAAUAAUUGCAAGUCUAUCCAGAGAGCGGAAGCCUCGAUCGAGCCUGGACCUGAAAUGCGUCGAUUCUCGCAGGGACACGGAUCUCCGGGAGGGCGUGUUGAAGGCCGAGGUGCAUCCACGGCCCUUAGGAGGAGCAGCCGGAGGACCCGAAGGAACGGGGAUGCGGGAGCGGUGCGUCUCCGACUCGGCCCUUCGUCGCGAGCCCUCCGUCUGCACACCCGUUACCGUCAAAGGCAGCACCGCCCCGAGGAUCCACGAAGGGCACCAAGCAAGCCCAUACUACCUUCAGCAGCUCGAGAGGGACCAGCAGCAGGAAGGGAUCAUCAGAACGACCACCACGACGACGCCGCCCCCGAAGAAGGUCCCCCUCGUCGACGACAAUCAGAACGUGCUGCCCUUAGAGCCGCCAAAAGGGGACGUCCCCGACUUUAGCGAAACGUACGUCAUCUCGAAGUGCAUUGGCCACGACUUGGACUGCGAUAGUGUGUUCGAACUGUAAAGCAAGUGUUGAAUCGCGGUGUUAUUUUAAUGUCCGUUUUUGAAGCUGGUGAUUUUUUAAGUGUAUCGGUUUGAAUUGAUUUUACUUGUAUAAAGUUUUAAUUUAAUCUACUGUAUUUUGAUCUAUGUCAAUAAAUGAGAUCUAUUAACAAGGCAA